AUGGGCAACGACAACCACCACGAAGCCCGUCGACGAAUCUACGUCCUUACGACGGCUGAAAUGUGCUCAUUUGGCGGAUCGGACAGCGCGCCGCGCGGUGCGGCCUUCUUGGGUGUGUUCGCCCUGUCUAGUGCACGCGGCCACUCGCCCGACCCUCGCGGCGCCGGCAACUUGCCACAAGCCAACUUUUGGAAGCAAUGGUUUCACAGGAUGGAGAGCGGGAAAAUAUGGCGACAAUUCUGCGCACAAAAAAUACUCAAGAGGAUGCGCGCGGAUCGCUUUGGCACGCUCUUCGCCCACCCCGUGCUGGAAGCCAGUGAUUCCGUAAUCACGCCGGCUGUCAAGGAGGCGUACCGAGCGAUCAUCGCCAAGCCGAUGGACUACAAGACAGUAAAGGCCAAACUGGACAAUGGCAUAUACAUGACGCCGGACGAAUUCAAGGACGACAUGCUGCUCAUCUACGACAACUGUAUGCGCUUCAACCCGCCCGUGGGGGUCAACAAGUGGAUUUACGAUGCCGCGGAGACCAACAAGGCGAAAUUUGAAAAAAUGUGGGAGGCGUCGCAGGAUAAGGUUGAGCGGCUUCUGGCAAAGGCCAACGCUCAGAGGCAGCGGGGGAAACACAAAGCGCAGUACAGCGCGAGCAUGAAUGUAGACGACGACGUUAGCCACAAGAAAGCCGCCGCAACUCUUAAUGUCUCAACUCUAGACACGGCCGUCCCAGCGACCGCGCCGCUGCGCGCCGUGUCCGACACCGCACAAACGGUCACCACAGUGACGGAUAACACCUCAGAACCAGCCAGUUCGGUCGCUGCUGAACCCACCGCUGUCGCAACAGGCGGCCAAGCAGCAGCGACGCAGUCAGUUGAGGCGGGAGCGCCGCAGCAGGCGUCCUUCAAGUUCACGUUCAGGGUUAAUUUGCAGGCCGUACAGGAGUACAAACAGCGGCUUGCAGCCAAGGCUCGACAGGCAGUGCCGGCGGAGCCUUUACCCGAGCACCUCCCGCAGGAGGCCAUCACUAUUCCGGACGCACCGGAGCCGCUGCCCGCCGCCCCGGAGCUGCCGCCUGAGGCUGCGGCCACAGUAGUUGAGAGCGCCGUCCCGCGCGACGUGACCCCCAACACCUUCUUCUACGAUGAGACUCCGCACAUGCCCGAGGUCGACAUGGAUGAAACCGUCGCCGUGUCGGAAGUCGACCUGGACAAACUGCCACCUAUCGCAUCUCGUCGUGAGAACAGCAUCCUGCGCGUGAACUGGCUGUCGGAAAAUGAGUGCAACCAGCUCUUCCCUCAUUGCAGCAUCAUCGGGCUCCACGAGCGCAAAAAGCACUACAACGUCAGCGACCUGGCGCUGAGGUGCGUCUACAACGAGCUCUACAUGAAUGAGAGCGGCAAGCGCACCGAGAGGACCACGCGGGAACUCAUAGAGUCCACUGUGAAAGAGGACUACACGAUGAAACACCACAAACUCAUCAAUUUCUUGCUCGAGAAACCCGCGGAGACCCCGGUACCGACCCCGUGCACCCUCCACGAGUUCGGCGAGGGGGACGCCAACAGCCUGACGGACGUGGAGUGCUACGCCCCGUCGCCGCGCGACCACGACACCUUCCGCGACAGCACCGAGACGCUGCUGUCCGCCCGGUCCGACGACCACGACUACGACGAUCGCACCCCAAGGGCGCAGACGCUGCGCAUCGAGCUUCCCACCGAAGCCACCAUCGGAGUCGGCGCCGCUGCCGAGCGCGUGCUGCUAAAGAACGGGUUCAGGAAGGUCAGCAUCGCGAAGUGCACGAUCAAGUGCGCCGACGAGCUCUCCUUCACGAGCGACAACUCGGGCUACUACAAGCUGGACGAGUCCGAGUUCAUGUACCACACGGCCAUCAUGCGCCACCUACGACUGUUCCUGGUCAACUGCGGAACUGUGUACAUUGACAUCACGCGGCGCACGCCGCCCCUGGCCGAGCUCAUCCUCAAGCACGGCAUGACCUCGGAGGUGCACGACCUGUACCUGGAGUCAAAGUGCCGCGUGCAGAAGAACCUGGCGUUCUUCCAGCUGCCGCACGCCGGCUGCAUCUCGUACGCCGCCAACGUGGACGUGCUGUGGCGGAUACAGACCGUGACCAGCGCGCUGCCCAAGCCGCUUAUCGUGCUGCACCUAAUAUGCAGGGACAUGAACUAA